AUGAUAUUCAGAUUAUUUUUUGUUCGCUUCAAAAACUUUACGAAUCCAUCAUGUGUUGUGGACCCCUCGGAUUCUGUGGACCCUGUAGCCCAUGUGGCGGUCCUUGUGGACCCUGUGGCCCCUGCGGGUCUUGCUGUGGCCCCUGUAGCUCCAGCUGCGGACCCUGCGGACCUUGUUGCGGACCCUGCGGUCCUUGCUGCGGAGGCUGUGGACCAUGUGGCCCUUGCUGCGGUCCUUGUGGGCCUUUUUGCGGCGGAUGUGGGUGCUAAACAACAAGUUCUGUGAACAUCUCGUCGUAGUAAACGGCUAAGAGUAGCUUAAGACCAUACGCAGAGCAAACUCCUCUCAAAGCGUGGACCAAGACAAUAAAAUAUGGAGUGAAUUUAAAAAC